GAGAGAAGAGAGCAGGAGGAGGAAACUGAAGGCUGAGGCAGUCGGUGUUCCUGUUUUACCUCAGACUGACUUCAGAGGCCUGGACUACGAAGCAAGAUUUGGUGUUAACGAGUACAGACCUCAGAUCAGAAGAUGAGUGAUUUGGAGGAAGAGGAGGAUGGAGGAGAGUCUGGCUGUCUGUCUAUGAAGAGUGACCGGUCCAGAGAUGAUCCUCCAGACUUCAGUAAUGAACCUGGACCAUCAGACACAAAAGAGAGGAAGAGGAGUGAUGUUUCUGAGGAGGAGCAGCCGUCCAGAUCCAGAACCAGAACUGGACUGCAGACAGCCAAUCAGAGCAGCUCUGAACAAAUGAAUGUUGGUCAUCAGAAACAUAAGAUCAGGCUGAAGGGGACAUUUGAACAUGUGACUGAAGGAGCUGAAACAGGAAGUAGAACCCUCCUCAACAGGAUCUACACUCUCCUCUACCUCAUAGAGGGACAGAGUGAAGAGGUUAAUACCCAACAUGAGGUGAGGCUGGUCGAGACAGCUUCCAAGAAGAAGACCCUCCAUGACUCUCCAAUCAAGUGCUGUGACAUCUUUAAAGCCUCACCUGACCAACAGAAACACAUCAGAGUGGUUCUGACGAGCGGCGUCGCUGGCGUUGGAAAAACCUUCUCAGUGCAGAAGUUCUGUCUGGACUGGGCCGAGGGUUUGGAGAACCAAGAUAUCAGUCUGGUGAUUCCUCUUUCCUUCAGGGAGCUGAACUUGAUCAGAGAUGAGCAGUACAGUCUUCUGGAGCUGCUCCGUGUUUUCCAUCCAUCAUUACAGGAGGUCCCAGCAGAGCAGCUCGCUGGCUCUAAACUUCUCUUCAUCUUUGAUGGCCUGGAUGAAAGCAGACUUUACCUGGAUUUCAACAACAAUGAGGCUGUUUCUGAUGUCACACAGAAGUCAUCAGUCAACGUGCUGUUGACAAACCUCAUCCAGGAGCUGCUUCCCUCGGCUCUCGCCUGGAUAACUUCCCGACCUGCAGCAGCCAAUCAGAUCCCUCCUGCGUGUGUUGACAGGGUAACAGAAGUACAAGGCUUCACUGAUGCCCAGAAGGAGGAGUACUUCAGGAAGAGAUUCAGUGAUGAAGAGCUGUCCAGCAGAAUCAUCUCCCACAUCAAGACCUCCAGGAGCCUCCACAUCAUGUGUCUGAUCCCAGUCUUCUGCUGGAUCACUGCUACAGUUCUGGACCACAUGUUGACUACAGACCAGAGAGGAGAGCUGCCCAAGACCCUGACUGACAUGUACUCACACUUCCUGCUGGUUCAGACAAAGAGGAAGAAGCUCAAGUAUGCAGAGGGACAUGAGACGAGUCCACAGGAGCUGACGGAGGCUGACAGGGAAGUUCUUCUGAAGCUGGGGAGGCUGGCGUUUGAACAGCUGGAGAAAGGAAACAUCAUGUUCUACCAAGAAGACCUGGAGCGCUGUGGUCUGGAUGUCACAGAGGUCUCGCUGUACUCAGGAGUUUGUUCAGAGAUCUUCAAAAGAGAGAGUGUGAUCUUCCAGAAAACAGUCUACUGCUUCGUUCAUCUGAGUGUUCAGGAGUUUCUGGCUGCAGUCUACCUGUUCCACUGUUACACCAACAGGAACACAAAGGUACUGGAGGACUUCCUGGAUGAUGAUGAUGAUGAUUAUUACCCAUCCCUGGAUGUCUUCCUGGAGACAGUCAUGGAGAAAUCCCUUGAGAGUACAAAUGGCCACCUGGACCUGUUUGUGCGCUUCCUUCAUGGCCUCUCUCUGGAGUCCAACCAGAGACUCUUAGGAGGCCUGCUGGGUCAGACAGACAACAGUCCAGAAAUCAUCCAGAGAGCCAUCAACAAACUGAAGGAGAUGAAGAGUUAUAAGAUCUCUGCUGACAGAAGCAUCAACAUCUUCCACUGUCUGACGGAGAUGAACGACAACUCAGUCCAUCAGGAGAUCCAAGAGUUCCUGAAGUCAGGGAACAGAUCAGAAAUAAGAGUCUCUGAGUUCCACUGCUCAGCUGUCUCCUACAUGCUGCAGAUGUCAGAGGAGGUUCUGGAUGAGUUGGAUAUGAGAAAGUACAAUACAACAGAGGAGGGACGACGGAGACUGAUUCCAGCUGUGAGGAACUGCAGAAAGGCUCGGAUUAAUAACUGUUGCCUCUCUGAGACUGACUGUGAAGUCGUGGCCUCAGCUCUGAAGUCCAACCCCUCCCAUCUGAGAGAGCUGGACCUGAGUGACAACCGCCUGGAGGAUUCAGAAGUGGAGCGUCUGUGUGCUGGACUGCAGAGUCCAAACUGUAGACUGGAGACUUUGAGAUUGUAUCGCUGCCAUUUGUCAAAGAUCGGUUGGGCUUCUCUGGUCUCAGCUCUGAAGUCCAACCCCUCCCAUCUGAAACAGCUGGACCUGAGUAAGAACAAGCUGCCGGAUUCAGGAGUGAAGCUGCUGUGUGAUCUUGUGGAGAGUCCAGACUGUAGACUGAAAACUCUGAGAUUGGAGCGCUGCGGGUUGUCAGAGAUCAGCUGUGCUUCUCUGGUCUCAGCUCUGAAGUUCAACCCCUCCCAUCUGAGAGAGCUGGACCUGAGUUACAACAAGCUGCAGGAUUCAGGAGUAAAGCUGCUUUGUGGUUUUCUGGAGAGUCCACACUGUAGACUGGAGACUCUGAGAUUGAAGGACUGCAGUUUGUCAGAGAUCAGCUGUGCUUCUCUGGCCUCAGCUCUGAAGUCCAACCCCUCCCAUCUGAAACAGCUGGACCUCAGUAACAACAAGCUGCAGGUUUCAGACGUGAAGCUGCUCUGUGAUCUUGUGGACAGUUCAGACUGUAGACUGGAGACUCUGAGGAUGGAUUUCAAAGGUUACAGGGCUGAACCUAACAGACAUGAAGGAGAUCCGUCUACGUCAAAGACAAACCUUGAUGUGUCUGAGGACAGAAGAGAGGACCAGCUGUCUCCUGAUGAUCCAGAGAGGUUGAAGCAGCAGCAGCUUGUGUGUGGAGAGGCUCCCGAUACAAAUGAAAUGUUACAUUUCACACCUGAGCUGCUGACUGAGUCUGGAAAGACUUCCUACAGGUUCAGGUGUCCUGGUCCAGGUGUGUUCCAGUGUGCUUUGACUGGACUGGUGUUUGUUACGACUCAGGAGGCGGAGCUUCUGUACAACACUGUCCAAUGGGAUGAGUUCCUCCUCCAAUCAGCUGGCAGGAAGGCUGCAGGGCCGCUGUUUGACAUCAAGUGUUCAGAGGAUGGAGCAGUCUGUCAGCUCCACCUUCCACACUGUGAAACAAAGGAGGCACUGCUUGUUGAUGGCCUGUUGUCUGUCGUCCACAUCACUGAUGAUGGGAUGAGCAUCUUGGAGACGCUGGAGAUUACAGACACUCAUGUGGUCCUGAAGGUCCCUCACCUCUCUGCCUUUGGCCUGAUCUGGGAUUUCGUUAGAAGAUUUCUGAACAUCUCACUGCCAAUAGAGGCCCAAGUUCUGCUGUUCCUCCGACCUCCUGACACAGGGCCUCGAGUCCUAGAUGUUCUACUGCUGCCCCGCAACGUCCCUCUAAAAGAGGUUGAAAAGAAACAAAGAGGUGCUACAAACAUUAGGAUCUCUUCCAAAUGUCAACUCAGCAUUGAUCAAAGUUACAGUGUCCACUGUGAACCUGAUGGCUUUGAAAUACAGCCUGAGCAUGAAACAUUUAGCUCAGACUAUGGACCAAAUUACCAUCCAACAUUUGAAGUUUUCCUGGAGACAAUCCCAGAGAAGGUGACUUUGAUGGUCCAGGACCGAGACAGGAGAGAAGUCUGGAGACGUAACGUGUCUUUGAAAGGUCCAACUGGGCCAAAUCCACGGAGGAAUGACCCAGCAGAGGACAGUGUCCCAGCAGAGGACAGGUAUCCCCCAGAAGACAGGCUGUUGCUAGUUCGGACCCAGUUUGUAGAGCGAGUGUCUGAUCCAGUUCUGAACCAGCUUCUGGAUCAACUCCUUGAGCGUGGUGUUAUAACUGAUGGUGAAAUGCAGUCAGUCAGAACAGGCCGAGCAGACAAAGCCCGAGACGUGAUGGACACGGUGAGAAGAAAAGGAAGUUGGGCCAGCUCAGUUCUGAUCUCUGCUCUCUGGGAGGUGGAUCCAGUCCUUUCCAGAGAGCUGAGAUUAAUGUGAAGAACCAAACUGUGGAGAGUUGGGAUGGAUCUCUACAAUAACUGACUGGUACACAUUGUCUCUUUGAAAUGAAAAGCUGUUAAAGUCUGUUUUUAAUAAGUGGACUUUGACUCUGAAAGUGAUUGAGUCCAGUAAAGAGCAGAGUCCUGUUCUUAGUUUCAGCCACUAGAUGGAGACAGAACUUCACUGAUGGACAAACAAGAUGCAGAAUCAGAACAUCAGAAAACCAACUGAGAAAGAUUUCUGAGUCAACAUUGAGCUGUUGUUUAAAGAAAUCCUGCUUGGUCAUUGGUCACAUCCUUUAAAUCUCUUUGACCUUUGUACAGCCUCAUGUCAUCGUUACUUUAGAACAAUAAUCAAAAGAGAAACUAAUUCUGCUGAAUGCAGCGUGGCUUUUUUUAAGGCUGGAGGACUUUUGGCUCUGGACCAAAGUUUUCUCUUGGUGCAACAUGGCAUCACACACGGGACACAGUCCCAGUACUCCUGGGUGAAAGUUGUGUGUUUUACCCAUCCACCACCCCAGACACCCACCCUAUGGACUUAUGUACUUUCACACCAAAUUAGCAUAGGAUCAGUCUGCUUGGUGACAGAAAUCUUCAGGGGGGGUCAGAGGAAAUGAACAGCUGUUCAGGUUGAAUAAAUAUUGGCUGUUUUUGAUGCUGAAUGUUUCAGUGGAACAACAGUCCUGCAUCAAACAGCUCCUACACUUUAAAAACAUAUAUAUCUUUUCAUAUUUCUUCUCUAGUUUUUAUUUUAUAUUAUGUCUCCAGUUUGUUUUUAUGCAAAACAUCACAGAGACAAAGCUACCUGACAAUAAACUGUUUGGAAUUGUUGAGAAAGUGUGUGUGUGUUUGUCUGUGUGUGUGUGCGUGUGUGUGUGUGUGUGUGUGUGUGUGUGUGUGUGUGUAUAUUGCUACACAUGUUAGAUUGUAUUACAUAUUCAGGUCAUUUUAUCAUAUUUUAUUAAUAUUAUAUUGAUAGCUUUUAUGAGAAGAGAGGGCCAGGGCAAAGCACAAUUCAUUACAUUCUCUCUGUACUUUGUAAUUUUAAAUGCACAUGACAAUACACUUGAACUAGAACUUAUUAUGGUCUGUUUCUGCCUGUUUAGGUUAGGAAUAAUAGCUUUAGAGUUUCCUAAAUGACUCAUUAAAGGAGUGCUCUAGAUUUAGGGGGACUGGCCCGGAGAGAGACCUGCUGAGACAAAGUAGAACACCUUUUAUUUCAUUAACUUUAUAAUAAAACUUAGAUACAGAUCAUCUGCAAACUGCCUUCAGAUAUGUGGUGGAAGUU